AAGAGGCAACGAUGCACAUACAGGUUCAUAAACCACCAUGACAGAAUCCAUUUGCGUUAGACACAUACAUGUACUGGAUUAUUACCCAUACUACGAUAGUAUAGCGACGAUUAUCUUUCCCCACGGAUGUCAAUAUGCAUUACAUGCAGGUUUUACUAGCUAUUUAUUAGAUAGAUUGAAGAGACCGGUUUUUGUAUAAGGAAUGGCUAUCUGCCCACUUGUUUCCAGCCACUGUAACCAAAUCGUAUUGUUUAGGCACAAAAAGUAGGACUUAAACGU